AUGAAAGACAAAGACAUCGUCAAAAAGACAGAGAAGCGGUUCAACAACCGCAUUGGCAAGAUCUACGGAGGUUGCAGGAGGAGCUUGCGGUUGGUACGGGGCGCGCGGCUGUUCGUGAUUAAGCGUGCUCCGAAUGGCACCAUCCGAGCUGUGGAGCCAGACGAUUUCGCCGCCCGAUGCCAUGCUUACGUGGCUGUGUAUGGCAGCGGGCUGAAGGGCAUAGAGUGGCACCUGCUUAAUGGCCACCCUUUUUCCAGCCCAGCGUUCAUGGCGUGUGCGCGCCUGUUUGUGACAGAGGAAGACCCAGACCGCCCACUUGGGAUCUAUGCGGCACAGCUCCUAUUGAUUCUGGCAGUUGUCCGUUUUAAGCUACGUCACCCCACUUGCAACAAGCUUCAGCUUGGUCGCUCUGGUGACACUCUCGCCAUCUCCAGACAAGCGCGCAUUGUGCAGCGCUAUAUCAACAGCAUGGGCCGGACUGAAGGUGACUUCAUAGGCAUAGGGCGCAUCUGUUUGGCGCAUUGGGUGACCAUCCCCCAGGAGGCUCUGGAUGCUGAUGUCCUGGGGGAUGAGGAUGCAGAGGAUGAGUUAGAUGAAGAUGAGUCUCGAGUCCGAUACGAUUCCGGGCCAGAGCACGGCAGCACGGGGAAGGGGAUGCGUACGGCGUGCACAGGGAGGGGAUGCGUACGGCGCGCACAGGGAGGGGAUGCGUACGGCGCGCACAGGGAGGGGAUGCGUACGGCGCGCAGGGAGGGGAUGCGUACGGCGCGCACAGGGAGGGGAUGCGUACGGCGCGCACAGGGAGGGGAUGCGUACGGCGCGCAGGGAGGGGAUGCGUACGGCGCGGACAGGGAGGAGAAUGGCUAA